GCUCAAAGGCUUUAAAGCAAGGUUGAGUUUGAGCUCCAGAUUACUGUUAUCUCCCAGCUAUUAACUGACAAGGCAAGGCAGAAUCCUAAGGCAAGGUGAGUCACAACAAGCCCUUAUAAGAAUCCAAACAUUGGCUGUUGCGAGGCAAUUGCCUUCCCUGACUGCUUGUUCUUGGCUUCCAGACCAAGCUUCAGGGCAAACAGAGGAACAAUGCUGGCUAUUUUGAUUCUCUUCCUUGUGAUUCUGGCCUUCCUGUCCUUCUCUAUGAAGGCCCAGGUGAAGCUGAAACGCAAGCGCAACUACCCCAAGAGCCUGCUUUCCUUGCCACUCAUUGGGAGUCUGUUGCAUUUUAUGGGAGAUACAAAGCCUCACCUUCUCUUCUACAGAUUGCAGCAGAAGUAUGGCAGCCUCUACUCUCUUUACAUGGGCUCUGAUUAUGUGGUGGUGGUGAACAGCUAUCUCCAUGCCAAAGAGGUUCUGCUAAAGAAAGGGAAGAUCUUUGCUGGACGGCCUAGAACAGUAACCACAGACCUGCUGACAAGGAAUGCAAAAGACAUUGCCUUUGCCUCCUACAGUCCAAUUUGGAAAUAUCAGCGCAAGCUAGUGCACUCUGCCCUUUCCAUGUUUGGGGAAGGAUCUCUAGCCCUGGAGAAGAUAAUCUGUCAAGAAGCAACUUCUUUGUGUGAAACUCUGAGUGCUGCCCAGGAUUCAUCUCUGGACAUGUCACCUGAGCUGACACGGGCUGUGACGAAUGUGGUUUGCUCCCUUUGCUUUAACUCAUCCUACCAACGUGGGGAUCCUGAAUUUGAGGCUAUGCUAAAAUACAGCCAAGGCAUUGUGGACACUGUUGCCAAACAAAGCAUGGUGGAUCUCUUUCCUUGGCUUCAGUUUUUACCCAAUAAAGAAUUGGCAUUGCUGAAGAAGUGUGUGGGGAUGAGAGAUCAGCUUCUACACCAGCAGUUUGAAAAACAUAAAGAAAGGUUCAGCAGUGAAUCUGUCAAUGACCUCAUGGAUGCACUCCUGAGAGCCAAACUGAAUGCGGUGAACAACAACAGCCACAUAAUGUCUGGGCAGAAGCUGACAGAUGACUACCUGCUCAUGACAGUAGCCGACAUCUUUGGUGCAGGUGUGGAUACCACCACUACUGUGCUGAAAUGGACUGUCCUCUAUCUCCUACACUACCCAGAGGUACAGCAAAAGAUCCAAGAGGAGCUUGAUCAAAACCUUGGCUUUAGCAGGCAUCCUUUGCUGAGUGACAGGCAGCAUUUGCCGUACUUGGAGGCUACCAUCAGUGAAGUUUUGCGUAUCCGUCCUGUCUCUCCACUUCUUAUCCCACACGAGGCACUGGAAGAUACAACCAUUGGGGAAUAUGACAUCCCAAAGGGAGCUCAAAUUGUGGUCAACCUGUGGUCCAUUCAUCAUGAUGAAAAGGAGUGGGAGAAACAUGAUGAAUUCAAUCCAGAUCGUUUCUUGGAUGAGGAUGGGAACCGAAUCUACAGCCCUUCUCCAAGUUUCCUCCCUUUUGGAGCUGGUGUCCGGGUUUGUAUGGGAGAAGCGCUAGCCAAGAUGGAGAUCUUCCUCUUCAUAUCCUGGAUCUUGCAGAGAUUUACACUGAGCAUCCCUGAAGGCCAGACGCUGCCUGAGCCAGAAGGCAAGUUUGGAGUUGUGCUCCAAGUGCCAAAGUUCCAGGUGAAGGCUAUGCUGCGGGAAGCUUGGAAAUGAAAAUAAUAGGUCAAUUAUGCAAUUUUAUUAUCCAAGAAGCUGCCCUAAUCAAUUAAAAAGUAAGGGGGUGUCUGUUCAUCCAAACCAGUAAAGGUUUACUGGAUACAUAGGAGACUGUGAAGAAGGAAAGAUAGCUGCCCGGAAUAGGAGACAAAGGCAAUUUUUCAAAAGUAAAGUAGACUCAUAGGAUCAAUGAAGAAAGGACACUGUACCUCAUUUUGUUGUUAAUUUUUUUAAAAUUAUUUUUUGACAAAGAGAAAACAAUUGAAAUAGAGGGGGGUAAGCCUGCUCCUGCUUAGCAACCAAAAUUAGAUGGGAUCUGGUGACUUCAUUGUAAUUAGAUCUGUAUGCUCUGAUUAUCCCUCAAGUAAAGUACAACCUCCAGAGUUCCCCACCUAAUAUGUCUAGAGUAGUAAUCCAAAAGCUUGUUCAAGAAACUUGAUAAACUCAUCAGCACCUCACCUCAGCAGUCAAGACAUUUUUUGAGUUCCCGAGUGUCUGUUUUCAUGGCGAGCUGGAAAAAAAUUGAGGAGGCUGUUUAUUUUCUCUCAGAGUUCUUGAUUUCUAUUAUGUUGAAGAGUUCAUGUGAGUUGUUAGUUGGAAAGUAAUAUUUUAAAAGAUUUUAAUUCUGCUAUAGUUUGUAAAGUUUUCAUCUGUACUUUUGUAUGUUUGUAACUGCAUGUGCUUUUAUUGUAUUCAUGCUUUUGAUAAGACACCUUGAGCCCCAGACUGAAAGAAAGGUGACAUAUUAACAAACUGCUGAUAAUGAAAAUGAUGGUGUAUCCUUCAUCAUCAAUUAAAUGUCCAUAGCAGAGCAUUGUGCAUUAGUAUUUAGAUUAUUCAUUUCAUUUGUUGUAAACAUGUGGUGUAGGAUAUAGUUUUGCCCCCCCAUGUUCUGUGUAUACAAAAAUAUUAAAAGAAUGGUUUUUCAGCAUUAGCAGAAUCCUGUGGUUUUUAUUUUGCUUAAAAACUUUACAAAACUAAAUUGAAGGGUAUAGCUUUUCCCCUAUGUUCUGUGUAUACAAAAAUAUUAAAAUAAUGGU